UUGUACACCGUCACACGAAGACGCUCCAGCAUCCUCAGGAAACGAGACAGCGGCGCCUUGGUUAAAUUUUGCUGACACGCGGGCUGCCACGAUGAAUACUGGAGGCACUGCAUCACGCUGGACGAGAGUAUUGUCGUUCCUACAGCAUGCGAUCGGGCCCGAGAGCAUCAAGGGCGGGAACCAAGCAGCAGCGACGAGCGUUCUCGAUCGCGAUCAGGGCGGGUCUCCUCCGCCUAGCAGUGGGCUGUCGGGCGAGCAGCUGGCAGUGACGGGGAUAAAAAACCUUGGAAACACGUGCUUCCUAAACGCGGUCUUGCAGUCCCUUGCGAGCUUUCACGUCUUCAGGGAAUACCUGGAGGAGCUCUACAACUGCAAUCAACGCGAGCGAGAGCGAGAGCGCGAUUCGGACAAGGUUUUAUCUACGAAGCCCCUGGAGAACACCGUCUUCACGUGUGAGCUGCUGCAACUCAUGAAAGACCUCGAGCCGCAAGUGCCGCCGGCCCCUCCUGUCACACCCAUCAUCCCCACCAAAUUGCGAAAGCUCUUGAGGGACAGAGUCGACACGUUUGGCAAGGAAGACCAACAGGAUGCCCAGGAGCUGUUCCAGAUGGUGAUGCGCCUUGUGGGCGAGGAAGCUGCGCUGUGCAUAAAAAACCGCAGCACGAGCAGCACUAGCCGAACAUCUGCGCCCGGGAUACGCAUCACUGGAGGCUUCGCGGAUCUGAUGGAUACUGCUUCGAAGGAGGGCGUCUUGAAGAAUUUGCCAGAGAAUCCGCUGCUGGGCUCCCUCAUGUACUUGCGGCACUGCAGGGGGUGCCAGCAGAAGUCGGGACGAUUGGAGAGAUUCGUCGACUUAUCGUUGACUCUGCCGGAGGCGAGAAACCCCCACGUAGCAGGGCCCGGCGUGCCAAGUCCACCGGUCAACCUGGACAAGAUCCUGGAAGAUUUCACCCGGGAGCAGCUGGUCGAGGACGUCGAGUGCCCAAAGUGCGCGAUGAGGAGCGCGAUGGAGGCCCACGAGACCCACGACGAGGAGAGCGAGAGCGAGGAGGAAGAGGAAGAAGAAGAUAGCGACGACGAGGAGGUUGUGGUGCCACUGCAGAGGGUGCGGGCCGACAUGCGAAUGUUGCUGGCGACACCGCCGAAGACGCUCUGCCUUCACUUUCCAAGGCGGCAUCAAAGCCCAUCGGGAUCUGAGAUGAAACUCAAGCAGAGGGUUAUCUUCCCCGCGCACCUCAACGUGGCGCGUUUCUGCUACGCGGGAGGGUGCCACACGGACAGCAUCGGCGUCCCCACGGCGUUCCAGAUGAAGAGCAUGCUCGCGAACAGCCUUCCGCAGCUGCCUCAGGGCCACGCCGUCAAGACAACGCCCGGAUCAGCAGGCUUGCCUCCGGAGGCGUUGCUGCCGACACCACCACCACCUCCAUCCGCGAGCUCGCCGCCGCAGGCCAAGGCUCUCCAAUCGCCGCAGUCUCUCCCGGGCUAUAAGCAAGCUCUGGUCGGGGGAAGCGCGCAGGAAGCAAGCACUGCUUACUCACGGAAGGAGCUGAACGGGUUGCGCAGCGGCAGCGGUGGUAGCGGCGGCGGCAGCAGCGUCUCUGGGAGCGUCGAGGGGGGACGGGACUCAAACGACGUGGGGAGUGUGUCGGGUAACGACGGAGCUAUGGAGUACGACUUGAGAGCUGUCAUCGUCCACAGGGGGAGCGCUGACAGCGGGCAUUACACUGCUUUCCGCAAGGUUGACUCUGACAAGGGAGAGCCGGUAGAGGAGGAGGUACCAGCGGGGUCCGAACGGGUGUCGGAGGCACCGCGCGGGGAGAGAAAAGGGGGGGGAGGGGGUGCCAAUAAGGAGUGGGUGUAUAUAUCGGACGAGGAGGUGGAGAGGGUCUCCGAGAAGAGGGUUUUAAGCAGUCAAGCAUACAUGUUGUUUUACCGCCAGGGUUCAAGGUAGGGGUCAGGACUGCUUGCUGUGAGAGCGUGCGUGCUUUCAGGAACCGGAACGUGCACAAGACGGGAGGGGUAGUAUUGUAGGCAUAGCUCUGGCUUGCCGUAAGAUUGGCGGUCUCUCUCAAUUACCGUGUGGUUGUACGUGGUGUUUCGUUGUCAUUGUUUCUUGUGGCCGGUACGAGCGCGAAACAUUUGGCGUGGGUGUUGCCCGGUACACAAAAAGCGGCUGCUGCAGUAUUCAGAUGGCGUCUCGUGCGUGCCUUUCGUAUGGCUAUUGAUCGAGUAUGUCAGGACAGUUCUCAACCAAAAGUGUGGCGUCACGGAGGUAAACCCGCAGAAUGGGAAAACCUUCUUCGCGCUGGGUGUUCGAGGCCCGUAACCUGUCCAACAACACAUGAAAUGAUUCAAGUUGCACAGCGAAAUAGCCUGUGUUUUCCAGGCUAACACAAGUGAAAGUUUCAGGUCCAUGCUCUCAGAGGAGCCGAUCCCCACCACAUUCUACUCAACGUUGGCCAGAAGCACCACAUGAUGAGGCUAUGCUCGUCAUUGCCGAAAGAAUGGUCGCCAUGUGUGCGUGGGCGUGGAUGAAGCUGCAGCGCUUUUACACAUGCACGCGCGUUUUUCGAGAUGACUACAGUAGUCACCAGAGUAAUUCUCUCGUCGAUCGAGAGAGAGAGAGAGAGAGAGAGAGAAAGAACACGAGAGAAGUGAUUCUUGACGAGAUUUUUACCGAGUCAUCAACAAUUCAUCGCUCGACCCCUGGGAGUGCUUGAUUGCACGCGCCGCGGUCUUUUUUCGUUCCGUGGUCCUCGCAACAGCACAACAUCGAAAAACCGCUUGCAGUCGACGGGUCUCACGGCCGAUCGAAGUCAUUCAAUUCAGUGCUCGUCACGACUGAAUGCAUGAAAAAGAGAAAAGCGCGGCGACUUCGAACCGAUACAAACAGAAAUCGCGCGGCUUGGACCAAACCUUUUUUUUUUUUCAUGUAAACAAAAGGAAAGGUCAUCCACAACACAGUAAUGCACGUUUGCAUAUGGUGCAAACAAUCACCGUGCUGUUCGAUCCCGGGCCACACAACUGCCUGGCUGAUUACUGGACAAUAUUUCUACGGCUGCCCUUAUGGAUACAAACUCGAAGGGCCCGACGUUUAGCAUAAUGUACGGAACCUUUAAAAAAAAAAAUGGCUUCCGUCUAGAAGAAACGGCUUUGAACCCGGUGGCGACGUUCGAUGCCCUUCGCACCUGGCUCUCCUGCAUUUCCCUCAAGCGCAGCAAAAAACGCCUCCAAGAGCCUUCCUAACGAAACCUACAUCCUCGUCAUGCCCACGGACGGGCCUCUGGAGGAUAAUUAAGGAAGGGUGCAGCGCCUAUCCAGAAACCUGGAAGACCGUUUCAGAAGGCAUAAAUAACGCCUCUUGACAGCGGCCAGGACACUCGCAGCCGGAUCACCAGCUGUCCUCACACCCUUCCCGCUUGUCCUACCUCUCUCGGUAACUCUCGCGUGGUCCCCUCCCCCUACUACACCCGAAAGCGGGUGUAACCACAAAUAAAUACUGCGGUUUGCGAACCCCCCUACUUCAAAAACAAACUAGCCGCAUGACUCGCGGUCACAAAACCGAAAUCGCCUGCAUCGGAGGUGGAGAACUUUCGCCACCAAGGUCCACAACCGCCAGCCACCCCUUUUCGCCGUCCGCAUUACACAAAAAAAACAAAGAAACAACCGGAAAUCGAAUUAGGGCGGGUCCGCCAAGUUGUUCUAGUUGGCACUG